AUGGCGUUGAAGGUAGAGCCUGACAUCAAGCCUGCUGAAAUACUCGAUGGAGACGUAGCUGCGCCUGCUGGCCAGGCUGAAGCUGUAUUGGAUCCCGAAUCCGACGUGGAAGUCCCAUUAGACGCGGAGGAGCUUCAGGAAGCCUUGGGGCGACCUCCUCCGGUCAAUAGUAGUUGUCUUCCUCUCCCCUGGAAGGGCCGUCUUGGAUAUGCUUGUCUGAAUACAUACCUGCGCUACUCCAACCCUCCUGUUUUUUGCUCCCGUACCUGUCGCAUUGCCUCAAUUCUCGAGAACCGUCACCCUCUCCAAGAUCCGGAUCAGCCACCGCAUCCAACGAAGAACCGCCCGGACCGCACACAACCAGCCGAUGUAGCCCGUGGACAAGCAUUCGUCGAAUCCUUGGGAUUGGCGAAUGCGCGCGAUCUGGUCAAAUUGCUGCGCUGGAAUGAUAAAUAUGGCAUUAAGUUUAUGCGACUGAGCAGUGAGAUGUUCCCAUUCUGCAGUCACAAGGAAUAUGGUUAUAAGCUCGCUCCAUUUGCAUCCGAAGUCCUGGCGGCAGCUGGACGGGUAGUUGCAGAACUCGGGCAUCGUGUUUCUGUCCACCCUGGGCAAUUUACACAACUGGGCUCGCCUCGAAGAGAGGUGGUGGAGAGCUCAUACCGCGACCUGGAGUAUCACUCAGAGAUGCUUCAGCUUCUGAAAUUACCACCUCAGCAAGACCGCGAUGCAGUUAUGAUCCUGCACAUGGGUGGCGUUUUUGGCGAUAAGGGAGAGACUCUGGACCGGUUCCGAGAGAAUUAUGCUGUAUUGUCUCAGGAUGUCAAGAAUCGACUGGUCCUUGAGAAUGACGACGUGAGCUGGACAGUGCACGAUCUGCUCCCGAUUUGUGAGGAGCUCAAUAUUCCCCUCGUGCUUGAUUACCACCAUCACAACAUCUUGUUUGACGCAAGUGAGGUCCGAGAGGGCACGCAGGAUAUCAUGCCUCUCUAUGACCGCAUCACGGCGACAUGGUCACGGAAGAACAUCACUCAAAAAAUGCAUUACUCGGAACCUACCGCCCCUGCGAUCACGCCGCGACAACGUCGCAAACAUAGUGAUCGCGUCAAGACGCUGCCUCCUUGCGUACCUACCAUGGAUCUAAUGAUCGAGGCGAAGGACAAAGAGCAGGCUGUGUUUGAGUUGAUGAGGACAUUCAAACUGCCUGGCUACGAACUCUUCAAUGACCUAAUUCCAUAUUUACGAACUGAUGAGAACAAACCUUUCAAACCUCCACGCCAAACAAAGAAGAAUGGUGGAUUCGUCGAUUUGGAGGGGGCAGUCCCACCUGCUCGAACUGUCGCAGAUGAAGAGGUUGGCAUGGGUGGCCCUGACCGGCGGGUAUACUGGCCACCCGGCAUGGAAGAAUGGCUUCGUCCUGCGAAAAAGGUCGUGAAGACCAAAACGAGCAGCCCAGCCAAGGGCAACACAUCCAAGAAAAUCAAGAUUGAACCCAGUGCUCCGGAGGACACUUUGGCCAGCCCAGCCAAAAAGCCGGCUAAAGCACCUCGAACUCCGGUGAAAUCUCGAUCGAAACGCAAAGUUUCUGAAAUCGAGUCCACUCCCGAGUUGGACGAACCCAGCCCUCCCUCGGCUGAUUCUCUCCCUCCCAAGAAGGGUCGAGGCAAGAGUACUCGAGCUAAGAAGGUCAAUUAUGCCGAAGAUUAA